GGCCGAACCAGCUUUGUUCCCAGGGUGGCGCCCGCUCUCCAUCCAGGCCCUGCUCGGCUCCUGCCUGGCGCUGCUUUCCUUCGGGGGGCUCGGCGGGCAGCUGGCACUGUGGGUUCCCUGCCAUGAGUGCCUAGAGGCACGGAGCCACUGGGGGUCUCUCCGCGUGGGGUGCGGGGCUCUGGGAGGAUGGGGCAGGACCAGGCAAAGCAGCAGAUCGAGAAGGGGCUCCAGCUGUACCAGUCUAACCAGACAGAGAAGGCGCUGCAGGUGUGGAUGAAGGUGCUGGAGAAGAGCUCAGACCUCGUGGGGCGCUUUCGCGUGCUGGGCUGCCUGGUCACGGCCCACUCGGAGAUGGGCCGCUACAAAGAGAUGCUGAAGUUUGCUGUGGUACAGAUCGACACUGCGCGGGAGCUGGAGGAUGCCAACUUCCUCCUAGAGAGCUACCUGAACCUGGCGCGCAGCAACGAGAAGCUGUGCGAGUUUCACAAGACCAUCUCCUACUGCAAGACCUGCCUCGGCCUGCCUGGCACCAGGGCAGGUGCCCAGCUCGGAGGCCAGGUCAGCCUGAGCAUGGGAAAUGCCUUCCUGGGCCUCAGCCUCUUCCAGAAGGCCCUGGAGAGCUUCGAGAAGGCCCUGCGCUAUGCCCACAACAACGACGAUGCCAUGCUCGAGUGCCGCGUCUGCUGCAGCCUGGGCAGCUUCUAUGCCCAGGUCAAGGACUACGAGAAAGCCCUGUUCUUCCCCUGCAAGGCUGCAGAGCUCGUCAGUGACUAUGGCAAAGGCUGGAGCCUCAAGUACCGGGCCAUGAGCCAGUACCACGUGGCUGUGGCCUAUCGCCUGCUGGGCCACCUGGGCAGUGCCAUGGAGUGCUGUGAGGAGUCUAUGAAGAUUGCGCUGCAGCAUGGGGACCGGCCACUCCAGGCGCUCUGCCUGCUCUGCUUUGCUGACAUCCACCGGAGCCGAGGGGACCUGGAGACAGCCUUCCCCAGGUACGACUCCGCCUUGAGCAUCAUGACCGAGAUCGGAAACCGCCUGGGGCAGGUGCAGGUGCUGCUGGGCGUGGCCAAGUGUUGGAUGGCCAGGAAGGCGCUGGACAAGGCUCUGGAUGCCAUCGAGAGAGCCCAGGACCUGGCCGAGGAGGUGGGGAACAAGCUGAGCCAGCUCAAGCUGCACUGCCUGAGCGAGAGCAUCUACCGCAGCAAGGGGCUGCAGCGGGAGCUGCGAGCCCACGUCGUGCGCUUCCACGAGUGCGUGGAGGAGACCGAGCUCUACUGCGGCCUGUGCGGCGAGUCCAUAGGCGAGAGGAACAGCCGGCUGCAGGCCCUGCCCUGCUCCCACAUCUUCCACCUCCGGUGCCUGCAGAACAACGGGACGCGGAGCUGCCCCAACUGCCGCCGCUCGUCCUUGAAGCCUGGCUUCGUGUGACUCCGUCAGCAGGUUUGGGCUUCCGCCCGGAAGCUUCCACCUUGCCUCUUCUCCACCGUCACCCUGGAGACUCCUGACCUGCCAUGCCUCGGAUGCCUGUUUACUCCUGGGGCAGCCGCCAGGGCCUCCCCACUGUGCCCCUCGAGGCCCAGCUGCCCACCCC